AUGUUUCAACCGCGCGAGUAUCCAGUCCUCUCCCGCGAAAGCACUCUCGCCAAGCUCCCCGCGGAGUAUUCCUACGACGCGCAAGAACAAAUCACCCAAGCCCUCACCACCGCACCAAUAAACCGCCUGGUCGUACUAGAUGACGACCCAACAGGCACGCAAACCUGCCAUGACAUCUCUGUCCUAGCAGUCUGGGACAUUCCAACCUUAAAAACCGAAUUCCAAACCGCAAAGCCGGGCUUCUUCAUUCUAACGAAUUCGCGCGCCCUCCCACCAAAGGAAGCGGAGGAGUUGAUCCACGAGAUCUGCACAAACGUCUCACAAGCUGCGAGUGCCACAAACCAAAAAGUCGACAUCGUCCUCCGCGGCGAUAGCACCCUGCGCGGGCACUUCCCACUCGAGCCCGACGUCGCACAGAAGGUCUUUGGUCCUGCGGACGCGCUCAUUCUUGCGCCGUUCUUUUUCCAGGGCGGUCGCUUUACUAUUGAUGAUGUGCACUAUGUUGCCGAGGGCGAAAACUUGGUGCCGGCGGGUGCUACCCAGUUUGCGAAAGAUGCCACUUUUGGAUAUAAAAGCUCGAAUCUGAGGGAUUAUGUGCUUGAAAAGGCACCUGGGAGGUUCAGCGCGGAUCAAUUGUACUCUGUCGCCAUCGAGGAGAUCCGAGUUGGUGGACCACAGGCUGUUUGUGAGAGAUUACUUGCCGCGCCGAAGGGUGGAGUGGUGAUUGCCAACGCUGCUGCUGAGUCUGAUAUGCACGUCUUCGUCGCAGGAUUGUUGCUCGCCGAGUCGAAGGGGAAACAUUUCCUCUAUCGCACCGGCGCUGCGUUUGUCUCAACUAGACUUGGAAUCCGCUCCAAGGCACCCAUCUCCGCGGCUGAACUUCACCUGCCCUCACCUCGUCAGACAGGUGGGCUGAUCAUCGCUGGGUCAUAUGUUCCCAAGACUACAGCCCAGCUGAAAGUACUGACAGAUCGGCGGGGCCCAACUGGCCAGCUAGCAAUUAUUGAGAUGAAAGUCGACGACCUCAUCUCGUCUCCUGAAACUGCAGCGCAGGCUGUGCAGCGUGUUGUCCAAGAGACGGAGUCUAAUCUGCGGUCUGGGAAGGAUACACUCGUUAUGACGAGUCGGAAGCUUAUUACCGGUGGUGAUGAGUUAUCGUCGUUGAAAAUAGGGUCUGCAGUUGCCGAGGCGCUGGUUGAUGUUUUGCAACGCAUUGAGGUGCAGCCGCGGUUUAUCAUCGCUAAGGGUGGUAUCACCUCUUCAGAUGCUGCGACUAAGGGCUUGAAUGUCAAGCGUGCUACGAUUGUCGGCCAGGCAGCGCCUGGUGUACCUCUAUGGCGAUGCGACGAGGAGACGAGUCGUCACCGUAGUGUGCCCUUUGUCGUCUUCCCUGGUAAUGUGGGUGGGGAAGAAACGCUUUGUGAACUGGUCGAAGGAUGGAGUUAG